AUGGCGGCGGAUCAUAAACCGGACUGGCUCUCCUGUCUUCCCACUUCUUGGAGUUACGGUGUCACCCGGGAUGGACGCAUAUUCUUCAUCAACGAAGAAGCCAAGAGUACAACCUGGUUGCAGCCUGUUGUCGGAGAGGCUGUCAUAACAGGACACAGAAAAACUCCAGAUUUACCAAGAGGAUGGGAGGAAGGAUUCACAUUCGAGGGGGCUCGCUGCUUCAUCAAUCACAAUGAGCGAAAAGUGACGUGUAAGCACCCUGUUUCAGGAGCGCCCUCCCAGGAUAACUGCAUCUUCGUUGUGAAUGAACCCGCGAAAUAUGGAACGCUUGUCCAUCCCGACAAGCCCGUAGAGACUGACGCCAGGACAGCUCCAAAAAGCGAGCAGGAAAACAGCACGGAUAAGAAGGAACGUCCCUUGAGCACCAUGAGCGAAGCGUCCAACUAUACAGGCGGCUCAGACAACAGCAAUUUUACCGGAAGCCCUGCUACUACUGUGACGCUCUCCUCAUCAUUCACGCGGCCGUCAAGGUCUUCCAAAAAAGUGCAUAAUUUUGGCAAACGGUCCAACUCCAUAAAGCGGAACAUCAACGCGCCAGUGGUCAAAAGCAACUGGCUUUACAAACAAGACAGUACCGGCAUGAAGCUAUGGAAGAAGAGGUGGUUUGUUCUGUCGGACAUGUGCCUUUUCUACUACCGAGAUGAAAAAGAAGACAGCAUUCUGGGUAGUAUCCUGCUCCCAAGCUUUCAUAUCUCCAUGUUGUCAGUGGAUGACCAUAUUAGCAGAAAAUAUGCGUUCAAGGCCACUCACCCCAAUAUGAGGACGUACUAUUUCUGCACAGAUACAGCCAAAGAGAUGGAGUCCUGGAUGAAAGUGAUGACGGAUGCCGCUCUCGUCCACGUCAAAAACUCCACGUUAACGACGGGGAAAUGCCCACAUAUUGACACGUUAGACAACGUGAAAGUAGAUCAGCCAUCAACUCAGGAGCUGAACAACAUAUUGAACAACCGCGUCUCAAGCCGCCCCGAGAUCCAAAACAACGAACGGAAUCGUGUUGCCCCCGUGCGACACCAUUCUUUAUCCCGGACCGAUGACAAACGAGAGUACUCGACUUUCCAAAAAGACGGAGGAAAAUACUGUGUGAAGCAGGACCAUGUGAGCUACGUGGCCCAAAAAGAUGGCGAGAAGUACCUACUCCGUAAGGGAGGCGACAAGUACCCGUUGCGAAAGAACGGCGAAAAAUACAUUUUUUCCGAAGCUCUGCCGAAAGAUACUUGGAAGUACGCGCCUCAAAAGGAAGUCAAGAGGCAGCUUUCUUUAAGAGAGACACAGAGUAAAUACGGCACGUUACAAAUUGUUGAUAAAUAUAAUACUUUAAAGGACGUUAAGAAGUACAGUACCCUCAGAGAAGGUGAUAAAUACGCUACUUUAAGAGACUUGGAAAAGUACGCCACUCUUCGUCACGGGGAGAAACGGCACUUCCGGACUUCGCAGGUCAACGGGUCAGGAGAGCGUACGAGCGAGAGCAACUUAGCAGCAGAAAAUGAAAACCAAGCAAGGAUUCCAGUUACUCCAGUUCAGGAAGUAGACAGAUUGUCCAGGAGUAAUUCCUUUCAGCAGUCAGAAAGAGUCAGGGGGACAGAAGAAGACAGAAGUGUUCCAGCCUACCAAACCCUACCUAGAAACAUGCCCAGCCACCAUCCCCAGCUUGUACCCAGAUACCCAGAAGGCUACCGCACGUUACCCCGUAACAGCAUGAUGAGGCCUGACAGCAUCUGCAGCGUGGCGGGUUCGGCGUACGAUCGGGCUCUUCGACCCGCCUCGACCAGCACCGUCACCACAGCGGAGAAGAGAAGGUCCAUGAGGGACGACACUAUGUGGCAGCUUUAUGAAUGGCAGCAAAGGCAGGCCUUCUCCAGGCAAAGUCUGGCUCAACCAACAGGCCAUUACGGUACCCUUCCAAGCACAAAAACGAUGAGCAACAUAUCGGAACACGCCGCCAUUCACUCCAUUCCCACCUCGCCAUCGCACGGCACGUUAGCAGUCUACAACGCUCUACCUGCUCCUGACGCAAGCGUCUCCCACUCCGAGGUACCGUCAUCAAACUUUCGAGAAGAUGGAACGCUCGAACGUCAGCACAGGACGCACCCUGCCAAGUUUGGAAGUACGCUUGAGCGCCGUCCUGUGGUAGCUGGUGUUUCGCCUCAAACCAUUACUGCUCAGUCACUGCAAGGCAAAACGCCCGAGGAACUGACACUGAUGCUCAUCAAGCUCCGCCGACAGCAGGCAGAGCUCAACAGCUUGCGGGAGCACACGGUAUCCCAGCUAAUGGCCCUGGGAAUCGAGGGGCCCAACCCCAAGACCGACGUUCUUUCCCAUCAUCUUCAGAGGAACCUUGUUUACCUGGAUAACCAGAAAAAGGAGAACGAACCGCUUAUCUUCACCAUUCACGCUAUGAUCGAGAAGUCGGCGCCACGGCCGCAACUCUACCAGCAAAUCCCUUCGGACGACUACAAAAACCAACCUCCGGAGGACACUGAUACCAAACUUAGCAGGUUUUGCGAGCAGGAUAAACUAGUGAGAAUGCAAGAGGAGAAAUUACAACAACUACACAGAGAGAAGCACACACUAGAGACGGCGCUGCUUUCAGCUAGUCAAGAGUUAAACGAUCAGAGUAAUCCAAGUACUACGGGUACUCAAAGCCUCAUCCAGCAGAGGGAUGUACUCCAAAAUGGCCUCCUUAGCACGUGCAGAGAGGUUUCUAGAGUUAAUACGGAACUGGAGCGCGCAUGGAGAGAAUAUGAUAGAUUGGAGGGGGAUGUCACUAUGGCAAAAUCUAACCUACUGGAGCAGUUGGAAGCCCUGGGAAGCCCACAGACAGAGCCUCCAAGCCAGCGUCACAUUCAGAUCCAAAAGGAGUUGUGGAGGAUUCAGGAUGUGAUGGAGGCAUUGAGUAAAAACAAACCGCAGCGCAGUAUAGACUAUUCUGAUUCCAAGCCACUUUCCAGCCAACAAAAAAAUGAGGCAGUGACAUUGCUGCCCCUCAGUCCUCUCAAGACUGGAAACGACGUCCCCCCUCGCCCACCUCUUCCGCAGUACUACUAUUCAUCUGAGCCCCCCCCUCACAUGCCCUCCCACCCUCCGAACUCCAGCGGCCGCCCGCCUCCUUACACGCAACGUGAGGACCGCAAAGCUAGGAACGGGGCGCACAGCCAAGGUCCAGACUAUCGGUUGUAUAAAAGCGAACCUGAGCUGACGACAGUUAAGGAGGAAGUGGAUGAAGUCAAUGGCGAGGACAAGGACAAAAAUGAAAUUCCUGCUGAGAAAAAUGAAAUUGCAGCUUCUUCAAAAGCAGUAGCACUCUACCCAGUGGGCGUUGUUCCUCCCAGAAGCAAAUCUCCCAUGAGCCCUCCCGAGUCCACAACGAUCGCAUCUUACGUCACCCUGAGAAAGACGAAAAAGCCCGAACCCAAAUCGGAUCGGCCCAGAAGUGCACUAGUAGACCAAAUUGGCUAUGUUGAAAGGGAGGUAGGUCGGCCCAGGAUGAGUCUAGAGGAGCAGUUAGAGAGGAUGAGGAGACACCAAGAGGCCUCAUCUCAGCGAGAAAAGAGAAGAGAAGCUCUAUCCCGCUCGCAUUCCUUCAGCAAAGAGGAGCCACAGGUGCGGGAGCUAGAAGCUAUGGAGCUAGAAGUGGCCUUGAAGCAAGUGAAGAUGCUUCAAAAUGAGCAGACUAGGAUAGAAGAUGAAGAAGGAACAUAUACAGGGAGAGUUCCUUCGACAUCACAGCUGCAGACGGCAGUCAUUUUGGAGCAGCACGCCGAGACCCAGCGCGUGGAGAUUGUAAAUCUUCACUCAUUUGAAGAGGACAAAAGCAGAGAAGAUAUGACAAGCUCGCCAACAAAUAUCACCACUGAAAGCAGCUUCCAGAGCUCCUUCCCUGAGACACCAAGCCCUGAGCUAAAAGAAGAAGAGGAGGACGUAGACGUGUUACAACAAAAUGCCACGGAGGAGGACCACAGAGAAUCCUAUAAGCAGUUACCAGAAAACGACAAGAAAAUCAACAACAACAAUUUAUUGGCUUCACAAAUGUUCACUAUGGUGAGCAACGACACGUGA